AGUUCAGCGACUUGGUGACUAGAACAGGCUUUAUAUAGUGCUCAUCCGUUCUGCAUCAUCACUUUAUUUUUAAGCAAGAUGAAAGUCUUGGUCUCCGCCAUUACCUUAGCCGCGGUGGUGUCGAUCGUCACUUCCCAGGCUCAAAGAUGCACCACGAGCAGGGGUACGACAGGUCGAUGUGUGGAAUUGCAACAGUGUCCUCAAUUGAACAACCUCUUUAUCCGACGACCACCCGGUGCUCUCCAGACAUUGCGUAGCGCCAUCUGCUCCUUCACACAACAGAGGGCGCUUGUGUGUUGCGAAGACGCGCCACCUGCCGUGUCACCACCUGCCGGGGGACCAUCUGGGAACAGGCAAAGAGGGAGAGAGCUGUUGCCUCGCCAGUGUGGUCUCACCGCCCUGGUCGACCGGAUCAUUGGCCUUCCUGCUCCUCUGCUGUCUUGGCCAUGGAUGAUUCUGCUCAGGGGACGAAAUGCUGAGGGGCGGCGGCGGUUCUUCUGCGGCGGCGUCCUCCUCUCCGAGCGCUACGUGCUGACGGCGGCCCACUGCGUGCACAGCAGCGCCCCUCUGUCUCUGGAAAGCGUGAGAGUCGGCGAGCACACCAUCGGCAGAGACCCCGACUGCCAGAAGAACGUUUGCGCGCCUUCCCCGCAGGACAUCGCCGUGGAGCAGGUCAUCGUGCAUGAGCAGUACGGGUCGCCUUGCCUCAGUUGCAACGACAUUGCGCUGCUGCGACUUGCAACGCCCGCCAAGAUCGAUAACCUUUUCGUGACUCCCGUGUGCCUUCCCCUGGACCCGCUGAGGGACCUGGGCUUCUCGGCACGGGACCUGAAGACGAGGCGCGCGUGGAUCGCUGGCUGGGGCGCUACUGAGGCCCUCGCUUCCCGCACAGGGUCUGGCACUUCCUCCAAUGUUCUUCAGCACGGGUAUGUGCCCAUCAACGAUCGCUACUGCCAACAGGAUCUCCGCGACUAUCCUAACCCUGACAUGGUGCUGUGUGCCGGAGGCGAGGAUCACGACGCCUGCAACGGUGACUCCGGAGGCCCUAUGGUCAUCAGCAACAGCAACCGGACGCGGAGAUACGUCAUCGGCGUGGUCAGUCGCGGCCCAGCUGUCUGCGGCGCUCCUGAGAGCUCGGGGAUUUACACGAGCGUGAUCCAUUACAUUGACUGGAUCGUGAAUAACCUGCGUCCUUAAGGGGGCGACGGAGGGGAGGUCGACACAGGAUCUGCGUGGAAGGGGAAGUUUGGCCUGAAGGAUUAACUGGGAAGAUGCGAUCGCGAAGGAGAGAUUGAUGCUGGGUUUGGCGCUGAACGAAGUGGUGGCAUUGGACAACGAAGGGAAGACUGGUCAAAAAAAUAAAUCAAUAAAUAAAUUGGUCUAUAUCAUCUUAAUUGUAGGAUGGAAUAACGAAGGGAAUAUUGGCACAGGAGGAUUUGCGUUGAAUCAGUUGGGAAAUAGAAUUCAGGGUCGCCUGCCUUGAGUUGUAGCGACAAAGCAUUCCUGCAAUAUGCAACGUCCGCUAGGAUCGAUAACCGUGUUGCAGAGAUGUGUUUUUUUUUAGUCGUGUGAAGGAAGUUGCUUCAGCUUUAUAUAUACAUAAAAGAUAGAGCGAAAAGACCUUUGAAAAAAAAAUCGUUGUUUUAAGAGAAUAAUUGUCCGGCAGUUUGGUUGUUUGGCAGUUUUGUGUUGUUAAGAAAUUGAAAUAUUUCUCAUUGUGCUUUAAGGAACCUGAAGGGGCUGUUGACUUUGGAAGGUUUUAAAGAGAUAUUGCUAAUGCUCAUAUCAGGUACAAAAAUAUGUAUAUGCUAAGAUUUUCUAAAUAUAUUUUUGGGUUUAUUUACCGGCCAUCGCUGGGAUUUACAUUCAUCAUUCACGAAAGACAGUGGAGUUGAUUUGUCACGUUAUUCAUUUUGUUAUCCCGUGACCGAGACGAUACUGACAGUGUCAAUGCAAAGCUUAGUUUUUUAUUUUUGCAAUUAACACUUCUGAUUCAAAAUUGUAUUGAUGUGAUAUUUGUAAUGAUCACGGGCACAUACACACGUAUGGAUACAUGUAUGUAUGUGUCUGUCUACAUGUCUGUCUAUCUAUCUAUCUAUCUACACACACACACACACACACACACACACUCACACACACACACACACACACACACACACACACACACACACACACACACACACA